AAAAUUAGGAAAGAGUUUUUUUGUCAGUUUCUUUCUUCCUCCCUCUGAGCCAGUGUGAGAGAGAGCCGCCUUCCUUUGUUACUCUUGUCUCUCAAAUUCGCUCCACUGGUUCCUCCCAAGCAAGCAAGAAGCUGCUUUCGAUCUUCCUUUUCGUGCCCCCAUCAUAAGAAAGAGUCUCUGAUUUGCUCAAAAGAGACAGAAGACAUGUCUGAAUCAAAGGAUGAGAAAGCACAGGUUGCAGCAGACAGGAUCAAAGCUGCAGCACUCACCGCUUCCAAAGGCUUAAGCCGUACCCAAGCUGAGCGAGCUGCUGCUGCUGCUUCCAGAAACGUCAACGCAUACGGUCAGAAGGAGGAAGGUCCGAGCAGAUGGCAGGAGAAGAGGGAAGCCAAGAGGCAGAUGUAUCUGAUGAGUACUGAGAAAGCUGUGAGGCUUGGUGAAAGGAAGGAUAAGUCAGUGUCGGCAUCUGUCGUGGGAGGAAGCAGCUUGGCGGCUUCGCAGUGCCAGAAGUGUUUCCAGACAGGACACUGGACUUAUGAGUGCAAGAACGAGAGGGUUUACAUCUCUAGGCCUUCGAGAACUCAGCAGCUUAAGAAUCCUAAGCUGAGGAUGAAGCCUUCUGUUGAUGAUCUUGAUGGUGAUGAUGAUGAGAAGCUAGAUGCAGGAAACGGGAAAGAUGAUGAAGGUGAGAGGCGGGCGUCCAAGAAGAGCAAGAGAAAGCAGAGGUCUAAAUCUGAGUCUGGCAGUGACAGUGAAGCCUCUGUGUUUGAAACAGAUAGUAGUGACGGCUCUGAAUCGUCUGGAGAGAGUGAUUCGGAGGACAGCUCAUCUUCGGACUCAGAGGAGGAAAGGAGGAGGAGGAGAAGGAAUAAGAGGAAGAGCAAGAAGAAGCCAAAGCAGAGGAAGGAAAGGCGGAGAAGAAAAUACAGCUCUUCUUCGUCUGAGGAGUCAUCUGAUUCGGAAUCAGCUUCGGACUCUGAGUCUGAUGAAGACAGAAGCAGUAGAAAGAAGAAGAGCAAGAGGCACAGCAGCAACAAGCGUCGUUGAAUUGGUUUUGAGGGAUGAUGAAAAAUGUUAUAUGCCUUUCUAGAGUGAAUCAUUUUGAGCUACAUUAGAAACUCUUCCUUUUCUCAAGUUUCAACUUUGCUUUUUCUCAGCCUUUUAUGGCUGUGUUGUAAUACGGUGAUGGAUUUGAGAAUCUCCUUUUAGUUUCCA